AUGGCCGACGCUUUGGUCAUUAUUGCUGCCGAUGUGAUCCUGAAAAAGGUGGCAUCGAUAGCUGCCAACGAAAUCGCCCUUGCUUGGGGUUACAAAACGAAGUUGCACACACUUGAACAGACCUUGAAAAUGAUUCGUGCCAAGUUACAGGAUGCCGAGAAUGAGAAAGGUCUAAAACAUGGUGUGAUGGAGUGGCUGAAACAGCUCAAAGUUGUGGUUGGUGAAGUUGAUGAUGUGUUGGAUGAGGUUGACUACGAAAUAUUGAGACGUGCGAUAAAGAAUCGAGAUCGGGUGGCAAUAAAGGACGCAAACGAUUUGGGACUACAAAAUGAACACCGUGGCCCUGCUGUUCCAGAUCGUCCAUACCCGGAGACAGAUCCAUAUUUAGGAGAAUUCAAAAUUGUUGGUAGGGAGGAUGAUGAAGAGCGCAUCAUACACCUUUUAACCGAGUCAAGAAAAGAAGAAAAACUUACGAUUGUUCCCAUUGUGGGAAUGGGCGGGAUGGGGAAGACCACUCUGGCUAAGUCCGUCUACAAUAAUCCAAAAAUCCAGCAACAUUUUGAGGUUAAAGCUUGGUUGUGUGUGUCGGUUAAGGUUGACAUCAAGACACUUCUCUCAAAUAUCUAUGAAUCUCUUGCAGGAGAGAAACCUAAGUCGGAAACUAUGGUCAAUUUAGUUCGAGAUCUUGAAAAGAAGUUAGGAGCAAAAAGAUAUUUGCUAGUCCUGGAUGACAUUUGGGAUGAAGAGAGAUUAUAUUGGGAAGAUUUUAGGAAUGUUAUGAUAAAUAUGAAUUCACAAACCGGAAGUAGCAUUCUUGUCACUACCCGGAAACUUGAGAUCGGAACUAAGGCUAUGAUGAUUGAUUCGUGUCCUUUAAAAGGUCUUUCUGAUGAUCAUUGUUGGUGUAUCUUUAAAGAGAGGGCGUUUCUAGCAGGACAAUCACCACAACCCGAAUUGGAGGAGAUAGGGCAUGAUAUUGUGAAAAAGUGUCGUGGUUUGCCAUUGCUAGUAAAGGUAAUAGGAGGGGUGUUGCAAAAUUACACUGACGACCUAGAGAAGUGGUUGUCCAUCAAAAAUAGCAAAGUUUGGGAUCUAGAAGUUGAAAGGGAGAGAACUCAAAAGAGUUUGGAACUGAGCUUUGAUAAUCUUCCCAGUUCUAUGGCCAAACAAUGUUUUGCAUAUUGUUCCAUCUUUAAGAAAGACACGGUCAUGGAAAGGGAAGAACUCGUCCAACUUUGGAUGGCUUUAGGGUUUGUUCAAGUGGACGAGGAAAAAAACAAGGAGAUGGAGGAUGUGGGAAAUGAUAUUUUUCAAAUUUUGGUCAGCAAUUCGUUGUUCCAAGAUGUUGAAAGGGAUGAAUAUGGUCACAUCACUCGUUGUAGCAUGCAUGAUCUGGUGCAUGAUCUUUCAUUAUCACUUUCCAAACAUGAAAGCUUAUGUGUGAUGGGUGCGAUGAAUGAUGAUAUUGAUCGUAUUCCUCAAGUUAAACAUCUCGCUUUUUAUCAAGAGCAGAACAAGGACUACGAAUUCCAAAACAAGGUAUCCUUGUUCAUUGAAAGGGCUAAGACAAUUGAAACUUUGCAUACAUUCUUCCUCGAUCAUGAAAUUGGAAAGACUUUUUCAUUUCAACAAUUCAAGUGCAUGCGAGUCCUUAAACUCACAACACAUAAAUUGGAGAAGUUAGACGAUUCGAUUGGAGAUUUGGUGCAUCUAAGGUAUCUACAUUUAUCAUAUCCCGGUAUCACUGUUCUUCCAGAAUCUAUUGGUAAACUAUACCACUUGCAAACUCUGAAGUUACAACAUUGUCAUCUCAAGACGUUUCCAAAAUCCAUGAGAAAUUUGAUAAGCCUGCGGAAUUUCAUGUCUACCAAAAGUCUUCCCGCCAAUAUUGUGGGACAAUUGAUUUCUCUUCGAAAAUUGCCUUCCUUCACAGUGCUUAGAAGGAAGGGACACGGUAUUGAAGAGCUACACCAUUUGAAUAACCUUAGUGGAAAGCUCUGUAUUUUUUAUCUUGAAAAUGUUAGGAGCAAAGAGGAUGCUGUCAAGGCAGACUUAUCUAGAAAGAAAAAUUUAUACGAUAUUCAAUUUAGUUGGAGUAGGUACUACGAAGAUGGAGAUUAUACAAACGUAAUGGAUAUAUUGGAAGGCUUGCAACCCCCACGAGGUGUGAAAAUAUUGACAAUUAAGAAUUUUUCUGGUGAUAAUUUUCCAGCUUGGGUAAUGAAGAUGGCUAUCGAUAUCAAAGGGAAAUCAACACCCCUUGAUAAGCUCGUGUCAAUCACAUUAUCUGGAUGUAGGAGUUGCCUCUCUCUUCCAACGCUUGAGCACCUACCACAUCUUCGGGAUCUUGUGUUGGAGAAUAUGGACAACUUGACAUGCUUAGGAAGUUCCAAUGUUACUGGAUCAAUAAAACCUUUGUCUCCAUCGUUGAGAUCGCUCAAACUAUUUGGUAUGAAAAGACUGGAAAAGUGGAUAGAUGGAGCAACCAACAGCUCAAAAAUGAUUUCACCUGUCCUUGAUAGCUUGGUAAUUAUCGAUUGCCCAAAGAUUAUUCUCUUAGAUGAAUGUCAUCCCCAUCCUCUUGUUUCCUUAAGGAUAUGUUACUGCACAAGUCUGAUAUCCAUUAAGAGCAUACAAGGCCUCACAUCUCUCGUGUCUUUUGAAAUUGUCAUGUGUCCUAGUCUUUUAGAAAUAAGCAAUUUGCCCAACCAAUGUCAUUCUUUGAAGACUUUGCAAAUUAAGCAUUGUGACAAACUGACUUCCUUGCCUCACCAAAUGUUUGACUGUUUUGUUUUCUUAAAUGAGUUGGAACUUGGUGUGUUCUCGGAGGAGCUCGCUUCUUUCCCGAGUCUUCAAGGCAUUGAGAAGCUAAGGGAAAACCUUCACUCGUUAGACUUGAGAGGUCGGUAUCACUGGGAGUCAGUGCCAGAAGAAAUACAACACCUCACUUCACUCACUGAGUUAACCAUAAGAGGAUUCGGAAUGCGAGAACUGCCCAUGUGGUUAACCAGAAUGUCAUCUAUCCGACAUUUGACGUUCCAUGAAUGCAAGGGGCUAAAUAAAGAAACAGUUGUACGUGGAGCACCACCAGAAGCAACUUAUGUUGAACUAUAUAAUUGAGAGUGUUAUUUAAAUAGUUAUUUGAGUGUGUUGUGGUAGUG